AAAAGCCAUUUUCCCAGGCAGUGGUUGCAACAUCGCCGCGGAGGCUGCGAGAGAAGCUGACAGCGCAGAGCUGGCGCUGCGGAGCGCAGGGAGCCGUGCCGGUUGCUCCGGCCGGCGUCUGCGAGGACAUCGGCGUCUGACCUACUCAAAUUCAGGGAUAUACACAGACGUGGAGCAAUGCUUGUGACUCUGCAGCUCCUCAAACCUCUGUAGGGCCUGAGGCUCCUUCGCCUCCUGUGUCUUCUAUGCCCCUAGCUGUGUCAGGCCCUGGGGCCCCCAGCCGCGCUAAGGCUGUGGUGGCGGCUGAAGGUGCGGUUUACAUAACGCCAGUCAAGUGGGAGCUGGAGGAAGAGGUUGCUUGCCUAGAAGAGAUAAGGCUUCUGCUUUCCUUACUUCUUGUUGGUACCAAGCUUGACAUCACCCGCGAGGAGAGGAUAGAGACGGGCCCCUAGAAGCCUGUUUUUCAGCGCUGUCCCGGACUUCCGGCCCCAUGGAGCCCCCGAUCCCACAGAGCGUCCCUUUGACUCCCAGCUCAGUCAUGGUCCAGCCCCUUCUUGACAGCCGUGUGCCCCACAGUCGGCUCCAACACCCACUCACCAUCCUACCCAUCGACCAGAUGAAGACCAGUCAUGUGGAGAACGACUACAUAGACAACCCCGGCCUGGUACCCUCCACCGGUCCCAAGCGGACCCGGGGCGGGGCCCCUGAACUGGCCCCGACACCCUCCCGCUGUGACCAGGAUGUCACCCACCACUGGAUCUCCUUCAGUGGGCGACCCAGCUCUGUGAGCAGCAGCAGCAGCACAUCCUCCGACCAGCGCCUCCUAGACCACAUGGCACCACCGCCUGUGGCCGACCAGGCCUCCCCGAGGGCUGUGCGCAUCCAGCCCAAGGUGAUCCACUGCAAGCCGCUGGACCUCAAGGGCCCGGUGCUGCCACCAGAACUGGACAAGCACUUCUUGCUGUGUGAGGCCUGUGGGAAGUGCAAGUGCAAGGAGUGUGCGUCCCCCCGGACGUUGCCCUCCUGCUGGGUCUGCAACCAGGAGUGCCUGUGCUCAGCCCAGACCUUAGUCAACUAUGGCACCUGCAUGUGCCUAGUGCAGGGCAUCUUCUACCACUGCACCAACGAGGACGAUGAGGGCUCCUGCGCUGACCACCCCUGCUCCUGUUCCCACUCAAACUGCUGCGCCCGCUGGUCCUUCAUGGGCGCCCUUUCCCUGGUGCUGCCCUGCCUGCUCUGCUACCUGCCGGCCACUGGCUGUGUGAAGCUGGCCCAGCGUGGCUAUGACCGCCUGCGCCGCCCCGGGUGCCGCUGCAAGCACACGAACAGCGUCAUCUGCAAGGCAGCCACCGGAGAUGCCAAGGCCAGCAGACCCGACAAGCCUUUCUGACGCUUUGGGUCGAGUCCCCUGCGCUCCCCCUGGAAACUUGGUUCCCUUCUGACACUUGAGAAGACCCGCAGCAAUGCCAGAGGUUUCAGCCUCCUGAGGCUGACCUUGCUCUCUGCUAUAUCCCCAACCCCACCCCACCCCAGAUUCUGAAGAAACAGACCGUCACCCACCCUCUAGUCCCAGAAGGAUGAAGAAGCACUUUGGGUUGUGUUUUGUUUUUUUCAGGGUCCUGGAACUUUGUGUCAGACAGUGGCAGGGGUGUGCUGUGGUGGGGGGAAAGGGGGGAGAAGAUUUUUCCUUUUCAGAAGACAGAACACAGAUGUGGACACAUCCGGAAGUUGCAGCUGCUUGAAUUCCUUCCCAGCCUCUCCUCCUCCUCCCUCCCUUUCUCCCCCUUCUUUUCCAUUCUCUUCGGCUGCCUGGGAGGAAUCUUAACUUGCCAGGGGACCUUUGAAGAAGACCCUUGGAAUCUUGCCCAUCUCCCUCCACCCACCCCACAGUUUACCCCUGGCACCUUGGGGAGGUGUGGCCCCUGGCAACCCCUGUGUAUAUAUAUACUGGGCACCCUCUGAGAACAGCGGACGCCAGUGGGUCUCUGCUGCUUUCCUCGCUCUGCCUCCCUGGAGCCACGGACAGCACAUCUCUCCCUUCCAGCUUCACUAACUCUUGGGGGUGUUCCACUCAUAACACCGUCCUUCGGUUCUUACCGAGUCACAGGCUCACCUGCCCGCUAAGUAUCCUGAGUUCUCUCUACCUUUCCUGAAAGUUUAUGCGUAGAGAAGCCCAGGGCGGCAAAUGCGAGACCAAAUAUCAUUUUGCCAAUGAGUCUGAGGCUGUGGUCUCUGGAUCCAGUCAUUAUGUUUUUAUAGAAUAAUUAAACCAGAUGCUAACGGUGUUUUUAAAAAAUAACAAUAAAACACUUGCUUCCUUUUGGGCCACCCCCAGGAAGGGCUGAUUUUAAAAAUCUGGGGGUGAGCAACCUCAAGGAACAUGACCCCCCUUUUCCCCACCAAGAAGAGGAUUUAACAGCAAAGAAGAGAGGCAGCACCUCCCAUUGGCAGAAUGACAAUUGAGCCGAGCCGGGUGUGGGUUUCUUCUCAUCUGAUUCUGCUGCUUGCUGUCAUAGCCUUUUAUGUACAGUGAUGUGUUUGCAUCUUUAAUGUAAAUAGACAGAUGAUGGGGGGAAAAGUCUAUUUUAGUGUUAGGAAGUCCCAGUGGGGGAGUCGAGUGGGAGGGGGGGUUUCUGAGGGGCUUCCUGGAAUUGAGCCCUACUUCUGUGCGUGGCCACAACACCCCCUCCUGACAGCCCCCAAAGUCGUAGCAACUCUCUUUCAAGGUGCUAAAGGACUCAGAAAGUGCAGCCCGUCCUGUGGGUAGGUACUUGUUGCAUGCAAAAGCUGUAGUGUGUCUGGUCCUUCCUCCCUAGCUGUUGUGUGGGGGGUUUUGAUUUGUGUGGUAUUUUGUGUUCCCCCUCAAAUGAGAGGAAGCUGCCUGGGUCAGAAAAUUUCCCCCAGGUGAAACUGGAAGUGCAUCAGGUGGAGGGAGCAUUUGUAGCAUUUCCAGUUCUGUCAGGACAGAACUGCCUCCAGGAAGGAGGCCCUGAGGCAGGUAGCUGUGAUUGGCAUGCACCCAAUGCUUCUCAAGAACUUUUUUUUCCUUCCUGAAGACUAGUAAUAACAUCUUAUGAUUUAGCAUAACUUAAUUGUAACCAUAGGUAUUUAUUGAUUGGAGGACAGGAGGGGGGGGUCUUAUUAUUUUAGGCUUUAUUUAUAUAACAUUUGCUAGCUUGUAAAAGGCAAAUAUGAAAUACUACAUCUGCGUUUUCUAAGGCUGAUUCACGUAGCUGCCCUUGCCAUAGUGGUGAAGGAUGUGUGGAUGAUCUUGCACAAAUCGGAGGGAAUGGUAGAAAAAACACAUUCAGCCAACCACUUAACACUAAUUGAAUGUAUCAGAUGUGUACUGGAGGGACUGGAGAUGUUUUCUUACAAGAAAUGUGCAGAGGUUACCCCAAAUGAGAGGGCGGGCACAUGUCCACUCUUGGCAAGGCCUCAACUCUCCCCAGAACCCCUCCCUCAGAUAUCUCCACGGGAAAUUUGACCCAGUGGCAAGUUGCACUUUGGUAAUCUUGGUGUUCUACCUGCCCAUUCAGUGGAGAAUUGAUUUACAUAAGCUAUGUAUACACACACAUACACACAUACAUCCCUGACCCCCACUAACGACAUAGACCCCUUUUCCUGGCGAACAGCCUCUUGAACCCUGACUUUUCUUUUUGUGUACAUAGUUGUAAACA